GCGACUAGCACGGGAGGAAAGAGAAAACCAGGUCAGAGAAUUCGCUUUGUUCGUUUCUUGGCUGGAUCCGAUUAGGGUUCUUCACAUCGAUGAGCGAUCGUCGCUAGCGCGCGCGGCCAGGCAGCGAUGAAGUGCAUCAGGUUCUCCCACAGCGGCGGCGACAAGCGGCCGGAAGCCAGGAGCAGGAAAUCGAUCUGGAACCUCUCCUCCAGCGGCGGAUCCAAUCCCGAUAACGCCCGGCGCUCCGGCUCCGAGGCGAAUUCCCAGACGGACGCCAGCGGCAGCGGCCAAGGGUCUCCGGCCUCGAAUUUCCUGCUCAGCUCCUCGAUGCGCCAGAACGAGCUCAAGGUCUUUUCGUUCGCGGAGCUCAAGGCGGCGACGAGGAAUUUCCACCGCACGCAUUGGCUGGGCGAGGGUGGAUUCGGCUGCGUCUACAAGGGAUUCAUCAAGGUCAACAGGACCGACGGCACCGAGUCCAAGGUAGAAGUGGCGGUGAAGCAGCUCAAUGGCAAGGGAUUGCAGGGACACAAGGAAUGGCUCUCGGAGAUUAGAUACUUGGGAGUCGUCGACGAUCCCAACUUGGUGAAGCUCAUCGGCUACUGCCUGGAAGACGAUCCUCGAGGCGUUCAAAUGCUACUCGUGUACGAGUUUAUGCCCAAGGGGAGUCUCGAAGGCCAUCUUUUCAGGAGAGGGCCCCCGGUUCUUCCGUGGGAGGCCCGAGUUAAAAUCGCGCUGGGUACUGCUCGUGGACUGGCAUAUCUUCACGAGGAGCUACAAAUCCAGGUACAUGACUUGUCCAAGUCAGUGUUUUCACUCUUUUUCCUGCUCAAGCAGAUUAUUUAUCGCGACUUCAAGACGUCAAACAUUCUUUUGGAUGAUUCGUUUGGCCCAAAGCUAUCCGAUUUCGGGCUCGCAAGGCUUGGGCCCGAGGGCGGUGAUAGUCACGUUACGACCGCUGUUGUGGGAACUGUAGGCUAUGCGGCUCCAGAGUACGUCCACACUGGUCACCUCACAGCCAAGAGUGACGUCUGGAGCUUUGGCGUGGUUUUGCUGGAGCUGCUCACGGGAAGGAAAGCUCUCGACAAAAAUCGCCCAAAGAACGAGCAGCGGCUCUUGGAAUGGGUCAAGCCUUACAUUUCUACAAGCCGGAAGUUCCACCUUAUCAUGGACCCGAGCCUCGAAGGCCACUACCCUCUCCAAGCGGCUCAAAAGAUGGCGAGCCUCGCGGCAAGCUGCCUCACGAGGCAGCCAAAGGCACGACCGAAGAUGAGCGAGCUCGUGGAGGGCCUCAAGCAGGUGCUUGCGAUCCCGGUUCCAGAUGGCGACGGCACCGAGUGCAAGGAAAACACUCCCCAGAAGUUGGAGAAGUUUCAUUCGGACCCCGGAGUGACCAGAGAGAAGCUCUCGGUGUGGAAGAUGUUCACGGUGCCGAAGCUUGUGAAGACUUGAGAAGCUUGAUCCAGAGUUUGGUCCACAAC